AUGUCUUUCCUUCAUAAUCAUUCUUGCGAGUGCGUUAAGUCAGAAUUGGAUUUGUUUGCACUACCGUCUACACAAACUAGCAUUGAAAAUGGAUUGUGGAUUCAUUAUAAACCAAUUUCAUCUCUUGGUGAUGAUGGACCUAUCGAGUUUCAAGUUCCUGGGACCGGCGAUGACUACAUAGAUUUGUCUCAUACAUUACUCCACAUAAAGGCAAAAGUAUUAAAUCAAGAUUCAACUAACUUGGUAUCUACUACAAUAGUAGCACCUGUAAAUAAUUGGCUGCAUUCACUUUUUAGUCAACUUGAUGUUUAUUUAAACCAAAAACUUGUAUCACCACCUAAUAAUACCUAUGCAUAUCGAGCAUACAUGGAAACCCUUUUAAACUAUGCCCCUGCUGCUAAACAAUCUCAUCUUACUUGUAGUCUUUGGUAUGAGGAUACAGCAGGAAAAAUGGAUUCUACAGAUGGUAAAAACAUAGGAUUUGUUAAAAGACAGGAAUUGAUUAGUGAAAGUAAGGAAAUAGAAAUGAUUGGUCAUCUUCACGGUGACAUUUUUAACCAAGAUAAAUUUUUAAUUAAUGGUGUUGAAAUGAGUGUUAAAUUGGUUCGAUCAAGAGAGAGUUUUAAUUUAAUUGUUGGGUCGAACGAUGUAAAGUUUAAAGUUUGCAUUACGGACGCAACUCUUAUUGUUCGACGAGCACGAAUUAAUCCAAGUGUAUUACUCGCACAUCAAAAAGUUUUAGCUUCUACCACUGCUAAAUAUCCUAUUACUCGAGCUGAAGUAAAAGUUUUAACAAUUCCUUCGGGUGUUCAAGGAAAAACUCUUGAUAAUAUAUUUUUAGGACAGGUACCGAAAAGAUGUAUAAUUGGAUUUGUGAACAAUUCUGCAUUUAAUGGUUCCCUUACUAAAAAUCCAUUUAACUUUGAAAACUAUGGUAUUAAUUCUUUCAGCUUAUAUAUUGAUGGUCAACAAAUACCUUCAAAAGCUUUGCAACCAUCUUUUAAUAAUAGCAUAUUUACAUCAGCAUAUCAUACUCUAUUCUCGGGAACUGGUAUUCACUUUCUUAAUGAAGGAAAUGGAAUCUCUUGUGAACAGUAUGGCAAAGGUUACUGUCUAUUAGCAUUUGACUUAACUCCUGAUUUAUCAGCUAACUCAUCAACUCAUUGGAAUCUCAUAAAGCAUGGUAGUGUAAGAAUAGAAGUACGAUUUGAAUCCUCAUUAAUACAAACAAUUAACUGUAUAGUUUAUGCUGAGUUUGAUAAUAUUAUUGAGAUAGAUAAAAACAGAAAUGUUACUGUAGACUAUAGUAGUUAA